AAUGUAGGAGUUAACAGAACUUAAGAACUUAGUUAUAUAAUCUCUGGAGGCUAAUGGAUCUCUGGCCAAGAUUAGAGCUUAGAUAAGAGCUUCAGUCUUUAAUGUAGUUGAUUAACAGGAAGGCAAUAAUAAAAAACCAUCUCCAUUUUUUUGGGAAAAUAACAAGGCUUAAACAAUUUAUGAAUUAGGAUGUGGAAGAGACAUGCUAGAAUUAAUAAAAGAGUUUUUGUUAUUUUUUGAAAUGCACUACACCAACUCUAUUUUUUCAAGGUAUUAUCUAAUCUAUACAAUAAUAGCGAAAGCAAUUUAAGAGAAGAUAUAAAUCGUGAUUAGAUUGCUAAGAAGUUGAAUAUAGAUGCUACUGAUUCUACAAAACCAUUGCUAUACUUUUUGUUAAAAAAUAGAUAACCUGAAAAAAAAUCGUAAUUUUAAAUUUAUUUUAUUUUAGAGAGGAAAAGUAAUAACAAUAAAAAAUUGCACAACCAUCACCUAAAGAUAUUUAAUUAUAGCAAUAAUAAUAAUAAUAAAAAUUGCAAGAUCAAAAGGUUCAGGAAUAAAAAAGAUAAGAUGAAAUAAAAAAAUAAGAGGAAUUAAAAAAGUAAGAAGAACAAAGAAAGCAUGAAGAAAAUAGAAAAUAAGAUGAAUUAAGAAGAUAACAAUAAUAAUAAGAAGAGUAGAAAAAACUUGAAGAAUAAAAAAAAGAAUAAUAAAGAAAGCAAUAGGAGGACCAAAGAAAAAUGGAAGAACUUAAGAAAUAAUAAGAACAAUAAAAAUUAGAAUAAUAGAAGUAAGAAUAGCAAAGACUAGAAUAAUAAAAGUAAGAUUAAUAAAGAAAAGAAUAAGAAAAGAUGAAAGAGUAAUAAAAAUAAUAGGAAUUACUUAAAUAAUAAUAAGAAAGAGAGAAACAAGAGGCAGAACAAAGAAAAGGUUAAGCAAAGAAAUUUGAACAUAGAAAUUAUGAGGAUGAAAAGUUUGAUAACGAUGAUAUGGAAGAAUAAUUAGAGGGAGACGUAUCAAUAUUAUAUUAUCAAAGGAUCUAAGAGAUUCUUAAUUGUAAUAAGAUUAAUUUUAAGAAUCGGAUGAAUACAUGUAAUAAUCACAAUCAUAAGGAAUUGACAUGACUAUUGAUUCUGCUGCAUUAGAAGAGUUUGAUUAUUAUGAAGAUAUCGAAGAAAUGGAUUGA